AUGCCAGCUCUCAGCCUGGUUGCCCUGGUCAGCUUGGUGUCCACUGUUUUCACCAAAGAGUUGGACACGCAUCCACCUCAACAACAGCACAGGCACUGGGCCCCCAUCUGCAGCGGGAAUCCCACCAACAAGAUCCGGGGAUGCGAUAGAUACGGCUGCGGCCAGUACGGCGCCGACAGGCACAGUGGAAAAGGAAAACAUGUGGGUGUGGAUGUCAUCUGUGCUGACGGAGCGACCGUGUACGCUCCUUUCAGCGGCCAGCUCUCCGGACCCAUUCGAUUCUUUCAUAAUGGAAAUGCCAUUGAUGAUGGAGUCCAAAUCUCAGGAUCAGGUUACUGUGUGAAGCUGGUCUGUAUUCACCCCACCCGGUACCACGGCCAAAUCAGGAGAGGACAACCUCUCGGGAGGAUGCUGCCAAUGCAAAAAGUAUUUCCUGGCAUUAUCUCUCACAUCCACGUUGAGAACUGUGACCACUCGGAUCCUACUCAUCUACUUAAACCUGAUGUUCCACCGCUUCCACAACAAGAUAGCCGCUGGGCCACAAUAUGCUCCGGGAAUCCCACAAACGAGAUAAGAGGCUGCGACAAGUACGGCUGCGGAUACUACGGAGCUCCGAGACGCAACGGUAAAGGAAAGCACGUAGGCGUGGAUGUCAUCUGUUCUGAUGGAGCAACCGUGUACGCUCCCUUUUCUGGCCAGCUCUCUGGACCCAUUAAAUUCUUCCAUAACGGAAAUGCCAUUGAUGAUGGAGUCCUAAUCAGGGGAGAAGGCUUCUGUGUAAAACUACUCUGCAUCCAUCCCAUCCGAUACAACGGUAGAAUUUCUAAGGGACAAGUCCUUGGGAAAAUGUUGCCAAUGCAAAGAGUAUUUCCUGGGAUCACUUCUCACAUUCACGUCGAGAACUGCGAUCGCUCAGAUCCUACCAGCAACCUCGAAAGGGGAAAAGGGGAAAGAGCGUAA